UUCUCUCGUUCCGAACUACGGAAAGAGCCGAAAAUGUUGGCUCGGUCAUGUGAUCAGCUGUGUCCAAUAACAGCUGAUCACUGAUUAUCAUGGCACUGACGAGCAGUGUGCCCUGAUGAUCAGUGUGGCCCCAGAAGUGCCACCUGUCAGUGUCCAUCAGUGCCAGCUGUCAGUGCUGAACAGUGCCACAUGCCAGUGCCCAUCAGUGCCACAUCAAUGCCACAUAUCAGUGCCUACCAAUGCACAUAAAUGCCACAUAGUGCCCAUCUGAGCUGCCUUUCAGUGUCACCCAUCAGUGCCAGUCAGUGCCACCUAUCAAUGUCAAUCAGUGCCACCUAACAGUGUCACCUAUCAGUG